CUACCGGAUGUGUUUUACUUGGCGAGCGUGUGUUGCUCGAUGGUGGUGGGAAGCUCGGAAUACUCAUUCAUUUAAAAAAAGCUCGCAGUUUUGAAACCUUUUCAUUUAUUGUUUCGUUUAUUUCUCACGACAAUGAUCGAACCGAAGAAGCGCGGUUUAGAGAUGGCAGUCGUUCCCGUCGGUGUGAAGAGACCUCGGACAGAACUGGUGUCUGCAGCGCAGUCGCAACAACUCUCUGCUAUGGGGCCCCCCCGCAGCUCCAGUCUGCAGGCUCCCAUAAUGCUGCUCUCCGGUCACGAAGGGGAAGUUUACUGCUGCAAGUUUCACCCCAAUGGAGCCACACUAGCCUCUUCUGGAUAUGACCGCCUCAUCUUGAUGUGGAAUGUCUAUGGAGAAUGUGAGAAUUAUGCCACGCUUAAAGGCCACACUGGAGCUGUGAUGGAGCUUCAUUAUAAUACGGACGGCAGUCUGCUGUUCUCAGCCAGUACAGACAAGACCGUAUGCGUGUGGGACAGUGAGACAGGGGAGCGUGUGAAGCGUCUGAAAGGUCACACGUCCUUUGUGAACUCAUGUUUUCCGGCUCGCCGUGGCCCACAGCUGGCCUGUACAGGCAGCGAUGAUGGAACUGUAAAGCUGUGGGACAUCAGGAAGAAGGCCUCUGUUCACACGUUCCAGAACACCUAUCAGGUUCUUAGUGUGACAUUCAAUGACACCAGUGACCAGAUCAUCUCAGGAGGCAUCGACAACGACAUAAAGGUGUGGGACCUCAGACAAAACAAAUUGAUUUACAGUAUGCAGGGUCAUGGAGACUCUGUGACCGGUCUGAGUCUCAGCGCAGAUGGAUCCUACCUGCUCUCUAACUCCAUGGAUAACAGCGUGCGUGUCUGGGAUAUCCGUCCAUUUGCGCCAAAGGAGAGGUGUGUGAAGAUCUUUCAGGGAAAUGUCCAUAAUUUUGAGAAGAAUCUUCUCAGAUGCUGUUGGUCUCCUGAUGGGGGGAAGAUUGCAGCCGGUUCUGCUGACAGGUUUGUGUAUAUCUGGGACACAACAACUCGUAGGAUCCUUUAUAAGCUGCCUGGUCAUGCUGGGUCUGUAAAUGAGGUGGCUUUCCAUCCAGAAGAACCCAUUGUUCUCUCUGGAUCCAGUGAUAAGCGCCUCUACAUCGGAGAGAUUCAGUAACUGUGUUUGUGUGUGCGAAUGCGGCUUAUGUGUGUGACUGAAUGUGAGAAUGAGAAGAGGAUGGGCAGAUGGAGAUAUUAUUUGGAAUUUUGCCAUUUGUAUUUGGUUGUAAAAUUGUGAUGACCAGUUUGGGGGGGGGGGGGGGGGUAUUUGAA